UAUAUGUAGCUUUUUCUGUUUAAAGCAGCCACACAAUCGCCAGCGCAUUGUCUGUCUUGAUCGAACCAACUCAAUGCUUUAUUUCUCGACGGUAUGGUUGGUAUGCAAGGCGACAUGGCGUUGCAGUGUGGUUUGGUAGCGAUUUGCCGGCACUACGCAUACCUUUCCUUCUCUCUCAGUGAAUCAUUUUUUUCCUCACCUUGAUGACUAUUACUACUGUUUAGAAUCUAUUUCAAGGUCGCUUGAUGCCGUAAAAGGUAUAUGUCUAACACGGCAACAUGGGUAAGAGAACACCACACUGAGUUACUCCGUAAGGGUAACUAUGCUAUUGUCAGUGAAGCUUAGUCAUCCAACCCGUGGUUUGGUCAGUGUCAAUCGAUAGUCAUCAACAAAGUAUCAAACAGCUUCAUUCCUUUGUAAAACGGCAGCUUGGAAGUGCCCGAGGAGUAAAGGAAGAGCGCAGUCAAAAGUCUAGUGACUUAAUCUAUGUCAUGAGCAAAUUUUAAUUCUCAGAAGCAAUCGCAACCUCUUACACUCACCCCGUCUUUCCCAAACCCUCUUGAGUUCUUCCAGGAAAAUGGCGCAUACAACAGCAUUUUCGCAGGUCCCCCAACAUGUUACCGCUCUCCUCUCGCAUCUCACAUCGCGCCCCGGAGUCCAAUCCACCUUCAUCCUCUCCCGCAAAGAUGGUUCUAUUAUCCAGAGCACAGGAUUGCUAGCCGCGAAAUCGGCCAGCAGUAGCAGCCCCAGCAUGUCGCAGACCGAUAUAUCUGCCGAGGAACCGUCAGAGUCAACAACGACACCUGCAGAACCAUCCUCCCCUUCAACACCAUCCGGCGCGGCCACUCACCGCCAACCAUCCUACCAACCAUCCCAAGCAGAAGCUCUAGCAGCGCGCAUCUUUGCCUUUGUUUCCAGUGCAUCAGAUUUAAGCUUGUCGCUUUCGCGACCCCCGACUGAGACCACCAAUGGUUCUAAAACAGAACCAAACGGCUUUCAAGAAGGGCUUGGCAAUGGAAUAUCCCGAGACGAUGGGGAUGGCGAGACAUCGGAGAAAGAGGACGACGACGAAGUCAAGCUUCUGCGACUGAGAACCAAAAAGCAUGAAAUUGUCGUUGUUCCUGAUAAGAAAUAUCUGCUCUGUGUGGUACAUGAUGCAGCGCACCCUGCGGGGAAUCCAAGUGCAAGCAUGCGCCCGAGGUAAUGGAUGAUGAUAAUAUUCACUUCUUGGCUGUUUCCUUUCCCUUAGACUGCCUUCUCCUGUGCUAUUUUAAUCUGCCCUUGUUUGAACAUAUCAUGGUUUGCAUGGAAUAUACCCGGUUGGAAUCAGAGAGCUCGUCUAUUUACGUGUUUUCCGAAGUUAUUUUGAGCAGGCGUGUAGUUUCUUGGAUAACAGUUCGCAUGAGUCUACCAGAGCCAAGCUGUGGAGACUAUAAUUCCAGACAUGUUUGUUUAUUUGACUAUGAGUGAAUCGGUGGUAGUUCGGGGGAUCUGAUACCCUACUAGUUGGAACAGUAGUGGAGUUACCCCUCUCAC